GCAAACCCUAAUUUUCGACUCUCUGCUAGCUCCCGAGAAAAUGGCCGCCGCCGCAGCCCGCCCUCUCGUCACUGUGCAAUCCUUGGAGAACGAUAUGGCCACCGACGGAGGAGCCGCUGCCAACUCCCUCCCACUUCCCGACGUCAUGAAGGCCGCCAUCCGCCCCGACAUCGUAACCUUCGUGCACGGGCAAAUCUCCAACAACGCCCGGCAGCCUUACGCUGUCUCCAAACGCGCCGGCCACCAGACCUCCGCCGAGUCCUGGGGCACCGGUCGCGCCGUCUCCCGUAUCCCCCGUGUUGCUGGUGGCGGCACCCACCGCGCUGGGCAGGGGGCCUUCGGCAACAUGUGUCGCGGCGGAAGCAUGUUUGCUCCCACCAAAAUCUGGCGCCGCUGGCACAGAUCUGUCAAUGUAACGCAGAAGCGUCACGCCGUCGUUUCAGCGAUCGCAGCCUCCGCCGUUCCAUCACUCGUCCUUGCUCGCGGUCACAAGAUCGAGGAGGUCCCCGAAUUGCCUCUUGUCGUUUCCGAUUCCGCCGAAUCGGUUGAGAAAACCAGCGCCGCUCUGAAAAUACUGAAACAAAUCGGAGCCCUAGCCGAUGCCGAGAAGGCCAAGGACAGCCAAGCGAUCCGUGCUGGAAAGGGGAAAAUGCGCAAUCGCCGCUACAUUUCGAGGAAAGGCCCUCUGAUUGUGUACGGAAACGAAGGAUCCAAGCUGGUGAAGGCUUUCCGAAAUAUCCCCGGAGUCGACAUCGCGCAUGUUUCCCGUCUCAAUCUUCUCAAGCUUGCUCCCGGAGGCCAUCUCGGCAGGUUCAUCGUGUGGACCAAAUCGGCCUUCGAGAAGCUUGAUGAGGUUUAUGGCACCUUUGACAAGCCUUCGGAGAAGAAGAGCGGAUACGUGCUGCCGAGGGCUAAAAUGGUAAAUGCUGAUCUUGCUAGGAUUAUCAACUCCGAUGAGUUGCAAUCUGUGGUGAAGCCGAUCAAGAAGGAUGUGAAGAGAGCUCCUUUGAAGAAGAAUCCUUUGAAGAAUUUGAAUGUAAUGCUGAAGCUCAACCCGUACGCCAAGGCCGCGAGGAGAAUGGCGCUUCUGGCCGAGGCGCAGAGGGUUAAGGCCAAGCAAGACAAGCUUGAGAAGAAAAGGAAACCAAUCACCAAGGAGGAAGCAGCAGCAAUCAAGUCGGCGAGCAAGGGAUGGUACAAGACGAUGAUCUCCGAUAGCGACUACACUGAAUUUGAAAACUUCACUAAAUGGUUGGGCGUAUCUCAGUGAGGAAAUCUUUAUUUACAAACCUACAUUUGUUUUAUUUGUGGAGUUAUAAGAUUUGUAGACACCAAGAUGGUUUGGACGGGAAAUAGUUCUUAGCUUACAUGGAGAGUUCUUGUUUACAAGAUUUUCUUAAGUUUAUGUUCCCUUUUCAGCUCUUCUUUUCA